GUCACGUGGCAAAAUGCUUGGCAUGGUUUUAUUGGGGCUCCUGGCGCCUUUGAAGUUGCCACUACUUGUACUGAAGUAGAAGGGAUCCAUCAUGUCCUCUAAACGCAACUUUGGCAAAGGCUCCGUCGUGGUCGCCACCGAGGGCGACAGCCCCAUUCGUCGCCUGGCAAUUACUGCUGACAACCUCGUAACUCAACCUUUCGAGGGCAUCGACAUCAUUCCCGAUGUUAUCGAUCACGCCGCCCGAACGCAUGGCACGAGAGAUGCUCUGGGUUGGCGUGAUAUUGUCGAUAUUCACGAGGAAGUGAAGGAAGUAAAGAAGAUGGUUGAUGGAAAGGAAGUCACCGAGAAGAAGACCUGGAAGUAUUUCCAGCUCAGUGACUACAAGUAUCUCAAUUUCCUGGACGUCCAAGAGCAAGUUUCGGCUCUUGCACGAGGUCUUAUUCACCAUCAACUCACGAAGAAUGAUAUCUUCAACAUAUAUGCUCAGACGAGCGUAAACUGGCAGCUCAUGUCUCAUGCGUGCACGACAAUUGGAGUUCCUGUGGCCACUGCUUACGAUACCCUCGGCGAGUCUGGACUCACGCAUUCGUUGAAUGAGCCAAACUGUGUUGGUGUUUUCACUAAUGCCGAGCUCCUCGCGACCCUGAAGAAUGUGCUACCUAAUACCCCAUCGGUCAGGUUCAUCAUCUACGACGGUGACGCCAAGCCAUCGCUUCUCGAUGAUAUCCGCAACGUCAGGGAAGACAUAAUCGCUCUCUCUAUGGACGAAUUGCGUAAGAUUGGCGCGGAGCAAUCCAAGGAGGGUCUGAAGGAGCGAAGGCCAUCCAAGGAUGACGUGGCCCUGAUCAUGUACACCAGCGGCACUACUGGUACUCCUAAGGGCGUGGUGCUCACUCACGGCAACGUCAUUGCCUCCGUCGGUGCCGUAUACACACUUCUUGGCCACCACCUCCAUACCGACGACACUUUCCUGGCAUAUCUCCCCCUUGCUCACAUUCUCGAAUACAUCGUGGAGCUUAGCUUAUUCUUCGUCGGCAUGAAGUCAGGCUACGGCCGCGUGAAAACCCUUACAGAUGCAUCCGUACGCCACUGCAAAGGUGACAUUGUUACUUUUCGCCCCAGCAUCAUGGUUGGCGUGCCUGCUGUGUGGGAGCAGAUCCGUAAGGGGAUUGUCAGCAAGGUUAAUGCUAGCGGCUCCUUGAAGAAGACCAUAUUUAAUGGAGCGAUGGCGGCCAAGAAGGCUGAUCUUCCUGGUCUUAGCCAGCUAGCAGAUGCUGCUGUGCUUAAUAACAUCAAGCAAGCCACCGGAGGACGGCUCCGUCUCGCAUUGAGUGGUGGCGCUGCUCUUAGCAAAGAAACCCAGGAAUUCUUGUCUAUUGCACUAGUCACCAUGCUCCAAGGUUAUGGCAUGACUGAGUCUUGUGGAAUGUGCGCUAUCUUGCCUCCUGAGCUCAUGCAAUAUCGCUCGGUUGGACUACCUGUUCCUUCAACUGAAAUAAAGUUCCUGGAUGUCCCUGAAGCGGGCUACAAGUCCACUAACAAUCCCCCCCAGGGAGAAGUUUGCAUCAGGGGUCCAUCGGUCACUAAAGGUUACUACAAGCGGGACGACCUCAACAACGACGAGUCGAUAUUCACGAAGGACGGUUGGCUUAGGACUGGCGAUGUCGGUCAGUGGAAUGCUGAUGGAACUCUUUCUCUGAUCGACAGGAUUAAGAAUCUUAUCAAGCUGCAGAGUGGCGAGUACAUAGCCCUUGAACAACUUGAAUCGACAUACAAGUCAUGCUACCUUGCAUCGAACAUCUGUGUAUACGCAGAUGCUGAAGCCAAACAACCCAUUGCUAUCAUCAUCCCUCACGAGGUCAAUUUGCGACACGCUCUCGAAGCCAAGUCCAUCCCUGUAGAUGCGAGUGCUCAGUUAUCGGAUUUGUGCGCCACCAAAUUGGUUCAGGAUUUCGUCCUCAAGGAGUGCAACGCUAUCGGGAAAAAGAACGGCUUCAAACCGAUGGAGAUUCUGGAAGCUGUUAUUCUGACGGCAGAUGAGUGGACACCCGAAAGCGGCCUCGUUACCGCAGCACAGAAGGUGCAACGCUCCAAGGUUGCGAAGAAAUUUGAGAAGGAGAUUAAGGCGGCAUAUGCUGGCCGGUGAUCUCAUGUAGUUCGGUUGACCUUGGCCAACAAGUUGUUUUUUGAUUUUUGAUUUUUCGUUUCAUAUGAAUCAUUGACAAUUCACCAUAUUGUACACUUUGUAUGUCUUAGUCGGAUUUGUAGCAUGAUAAGUACGAUAUGCUGUACACGGUCCGUUUUUCGCUUCCACGGAUUUUGCUGAGCAGAGUGAGGUCUAUGUAUAGUA